UUUGGCAUUGGUGCGUACGACGAAAGCUUCCGGGAGGCGAAAGCCCGGUGAUCGUCGUCGGAGGCGAGCUGGGUGACGAGGUGAGCAAGACGGCAGCGGGGGUGUUGUGGCGCGGGGGGCUUUCUUCUCCAUCGCAUCCCCACAUGGACCAGAAGAAGAAGAGGCGUCAGAAUGUCGCUUGCGAUGCGUGCAAGCUGCGAAGAGUCAAGUGCGAUCUCUCCGUCAUGCUCCAGCCGCCCGCUCCAGCCGACCCCUCCGUGCUCGGCUCACCACAGCCAAGCUCUUCUUCCGCACCCUCGCUUGCCGAUCUCGUGCGCCGUAAUCCAGGCGUGGAGUGCACCCAAUGCAAGAAUAAAGGAAUCAGGUGCUCGACGGCUCAGAUUCUCAACCCAACAAGACCAAACAAGGGCGGGCGCCGCAUUGAUGAGGCCAAAAAAGCGUUUGGUCGAGACGAGGUCAACCAGAAUCAUCGACAAGAGACGGACCCUCUAAACGGGAGGGUGGAAUCCUCAGCAAACAACUCUUUUCCACGCCCUCAAUCCGAUUGGGCUCAUAGCCUACUGUCAACAUAUGGCGUGUUUGCUCCCAACAACGAUACUCCCCCCAGCCACAAUGCCCUGGCCUUUUCUGAAGUGUCUUCUUUACGAGCUACACAGGCCGACCUUGACAGUCAGAACAGCGUGCUCCCAGGCUUCGCCACGGGGACCAGCGCUCCCGACCACAACUCGCUACUUUCAUCGUAUCGAAGCUCGGCAGAACCCUCGUGGUAUGACUCUUCUUCCAGGUCGGCGAGCAUCCCGCCGAUGUGGCAGCAGCCGCCUCAAUAUCACCAUUCGGAACCUUUGGUAGAUCAUAACGCCACCCGAGAGGCUUCUCUACCUUCAGAGCCUCGCGAAACUGGUCACAAUGACUACGCACAGCCAACUACAAUAACUCCUUUCUCUGGAACAGGCUUAAUCAGCGGUGUCGGCCUGUACCCCAAUGGUCUUGGUCUCUUUCCACAUAGUCUUUCGGGCGCAUUCGACCACCAGGCCCGUCAUCAUACUGUGCCACUUGCCGAACAUCCUCUCCCGAGGGCCCCUCACGACAGCACUCACAUUUCCCGAGCCGACCAGAGAAGCAGCUCCAUAGAGAGACGUGAUCUCAGUGCUACCCAGCGGGGGCUGAGGUGGGGCAGGGCGGAUGGCGUCCAGGAGAGCCUGGCCGAUACAGCACUGGAGGUAGAGCUCAGUCGACACUUGAUCAAGACUUUUUUCCAGGCCGUGCACUACUUUUUUCCAGCCAUAUCACCUGAAGUGUUUUAUCUGGAAUGGACAAGAGCCGGACAGCGCGCAGACGCAAUGUCACCGGAUCAAGAAGUUCUUUGCGCCGCCAUUGAAGCGUGGGGUGCACAGUAUUCGGACUCGCCCAUUGUGCUAGGCCUGUCGUCAGCCACUUCUGCUCCCAAAGUGAUCGAUUCAAACGGGACUUUUGCUCCUGCCUCCGAAAACCGUGUAUCGUGGGGGCAAGCCCGUAAUGGCGCCUGCAACGCUCUUCUUGACCGCUUGCGGCGUCUCAUAGAUCGUAAUGGAAUCAUCAGAAAACCAACCAUUCCUGGCGUGCAAGCUCUGACGUUGUGUAUUGAGCUCUUGUUCUCGUCAGGCGAGACGGUCAAGGACAACGAGGUGCUCAUGGAAGCACAUAUGCUUGAAACCACGAUCCUGGAGCAGAUGAGAAUCCUCAAUCUUCUGGGAGAGCCGGAUCGUUGCUCUCCUGUUGUGACUGACUUGCGCGUACCUAGUAUCGAACUGCGAAUCAAACAGAUGCGACUCUUCUGGAUUCAGGCCAUCAUUGAUGCAUUCUGGGCGGUCGAGUCUGCUGCCAAUCCACGAAUUGCCGAAGAUGAAUUCGAGUCGGCAGGUCAGUGGGUGAUUUCGAUCAGAAAAGGAAUGCCUGGAUCCUCGUCUUGCAAAGGUUUAUCUCUGUUUGUCUUGUCUCAGUAUCGCGCUGCAAAAGCUGGUCGUCGGGUCGCCAUCGACUUGGCUGUCCCUAACAAGAAAGGCGUCAUUGGUGUACAGGACUUUUGCAGGAAUGUUCGAUCCAUCUGGAAAGAGUUUGAAUCAAUCAUCAAAGAUCUCAACAGUCAAACUCCUGGUAUCCUCCGCAAAUGCCAUAAGGGUGACCUCUCGGGGUUCUCUCCUCUGAAUUACUUUACCAGUGUUCAGAUAGCUGGGCCAUUCUUCCUCUUCCACAUCCAUGAAAUCAUUAAAGAGCAGAUUGAAUAUGUUCGCAAAGGGGGUGUUUCAACAGACGCGGUCAUCAAGGACCCAUAUGAGGAGCCAAAGCCGGAUACCAGCCGAAGUAAGGACGCACAGUCCCACUUGGACACCCUGGAAGCUCUGCAGAAGGAUAGCUUGGAUAAUUUGCUAAAGACUUGUCGAAGCCACGUCAAGAUGUUGGAGCUUCUGCUAGCUACAGGUAUCUUGCAAACCGCCUCUGUGCUUUUGCGCGUCUUGGUCUCCUUGUCUAAGCUUUUGGCGGAAACGCCUACGAAUGAAGAAGGAUACCCCUCAUCCACUCCCGGGGGACGCGGAUGGACGUGGAAAGUAAAGCAAAGAGAGGUCGGCAUCUGUGUCCAGGCUCUCCACCAAGCAGGAUGGGCUUGGGCAGAAGCAGGUCAAGCUUUGGAGGACAUUGAGAAGACAAUGAAGAAAUCGGCUCACGUCAUCGCACAACUGUCUACUACCGAGCGUCAUGACGCACCAUCACAUGAUGAUACAGCAGCAGCUAUGGGAUCGGAAGAGAGGGAAAGAGAAGAGGCACUCAAGGCUGUCAUGAAGUUCUGGCCACCUGCCCCCCCGGUGAACUCUGCUUUCUUUGUGGAGUCCCCGCCCUCCAAAUGCAGCACUCCUGCUGCUGCUUCUCGUGAUGUAACAAAGAAGGCUGGCGAAGACCAUACAGGCCAACCGUCGGGGGUGAUACAGGGAGAUGCCUUUUUUCCUCCCCUAGGCAGCGACACCAAGUCGACACCCUGGGACUCUACUUCCGCUCGUCCGACUUGACACACGGCUACACGAGACACGUGUACCCUCUUCUGUUCCGAGACAGCGUGAUCCGAGACGAGAUGAUUGGGGUGGACCAUUGCACAAGUCCAAAUGUCAACACGACAUGGGCAGAUCUUAUAUUGUGUACAAAUCUUACCACUAGAGCGUUUGUAGUUAUUCG